CCACGUGAUCUUUUGGUUCGGGCUCGAGCAGAGUGGGUUGUGUCCUGUGUGGUUCUGGGCGGUUCUGUUUUUAAACACGCUGAGCUGAACCCCGCGGAGGAACUCAGUUUAAACACCCGAACCGGUUCGGAAGGGUCUGCUGCUGAAAUGUGAAAGUUCGGAUCCAGAAAGAUAAUGGGCAUCACGUUCACGCGUGGAUCCUUUUCCACGAUGGGACAGACACCUCAGUCCUAGGCUGAAGAACCGGGACCGGGUUCGGUACCGGGGAAAGCUCGGAGCAGAACUUUGGGAAGUAUGAACCCGAGAGACGCGCUGCGUGUGUGGCUGCUGAUCCUGGCAGCAGAGACCAGCUGUGGGCUUCCCACGAACCGGAACACGGAGUCCAGUCCUCAGAUGAGAGCCGAAGAGCAACCGGAUCAUCCCAACCUGGAACGUCUUCAGCAGGAAAACCUGCUGCAGACGCUUCCUCUUCCAUCUUCUUCCACUCCCACACGCCGCUGGCCCCAGCAGCAGGACCUCCACCCAUCAGCUGCACCCGAGGGGGAGGAGCCUGGAGCCUUCAUCCUGGAUCUGAGGAACUUCCCUGAUCUGGCCAACGCUUAUUUGGGCUCCCAGAAUCCCAACAUCCAGGUGACCAUUGAGGUGAUGGAGGACUCCCAGACUGAGGUGGAGAUGGACCUGGCCAAGGAGAACCAGCGGAGCGAUUGGUCCGUGUCGCCGUCGGAGUGGAUGAGCAGGAAGCUGUUUUGGCCGCUAUUCUGGGAGAGCGGGCUGGCAGGAACCGGGCCAGAGGACUACGGCUACGACCCGGCGGAGGCUGUGCUGGGCGGAGUGGGAGCAGACGGCUGGAGCGAAGAGGGGGAGACCAAAGAUAGCUUUGAGAAUGAAGAGUGGAGCGGCUGGGCCCCAUGCAGCACCACCUGCGGACCUGGAUCUCAAAAACGGACGCGGCCCUGCGGCUACGGCUGCACAGCAACAGAAUCACGCACAUGUGACCUGCAGAGCUGUUCCAGCGCCGUGGUGUCAGAGUCCGAGGCGACGUCGCUCCACCAGUUCAACAACACCGACUCCAGUGUGGACAGCUGUGAAAAGUGGCUGAGCUGCAAGAACGAGUUCCUCCAGAAGUACCUCCACCAGGUGCUCACCCAGCUGCCCUCCUGCCCCUGCUCCUACCCCUCCGAGGUCGUCUACGGCGCCAUCAGCAUCCCGGACCGCGGGCUGCGCAGGACGUACCGCUGGAGAGAUGCCAGCGGACCCAAAGAACGGCUGGACGUCUACAAGCCUUCGGCCCGGUUCUGCGUCCGCUCCAUGCUGUCCUACGACAGCCCGACGCUGGGGGCCCAGCACUGUUGCUACGACGACCGGAUGAGGCUGAUCACACGCGGCAAAGGCGCCGGAGCGCCGGACCUGAUCGGCGCCGAGUUCUCCCCAGAGCUGCAUUACCAGGUGGACGUCCUGCCCUGGAUCCUGUGCAAAGGAGACUGGAGCCGGUUCCACUCAGCCAGGCCGCCCAACAACGGGCUGAGCUGCCCGCAGAACCCGGCCGAACCGGCGUUCCGGACGGAGCUCAGAGAGGCCCGGGAGUACUGAAGGCCAGUUCCGAGAGACAGAACGACCCGACCAAACCUGAAACCAUCGGACCUGAGCAGCUGUGUGUGCGUGUGUGUGUGUGUGUGUGUGUGUGUAUUUAUUAUCCAGGGAACAUUUACUAUCGAUGACAUUCGUAUCAUAAAGCGGCUGAACAGGAACCAUAUUAUGGUAACUGUAAAAUGUCAUCAUCAUUAUUAUUAUUAUUAUUAUUAU